GGUCUUACCAAAUUAAAAAAAAAAAAAAAAAAAGAUUGGACGGGAAGAAGACUAGGAGUGGAACCCAAAGUGCAAUUUCUUCUUUUGUCAACUGAACCGGAAAAGCAAAAGCAAGCAAAGAAAGAAUGGGCGAAGAGAGAGAAGAUCCGCAAAAACUGAAGAGAAUAGCGGCGGCGGCCUACGAUUACGAGAACGAUCUGAGAUGGGCAGAUUAUUGGUCCAAUAUCUUGAUUCCUCCUCACAUGGCCUCUCGUUCUGAUGUUGUUGAUCACUUCAAGCGCAAGUUCUACCAGCGCUAUAUCGACCCUGAUCUUGUGGUAGAGGCUAUGUCGUCAAGCACACCAUCACAAUCAGCAAAACCAUCUGCUUCAUCAUCAACCUCAUCAGCAGCAGCAAAUGACAGAGCUCGAGCACGCACUGCGGGCUCAACCACUAGAAGUUCAGGGGCAUCAGCAGCUGCAGGUUCUAAUACAACUUCUGUGCGUUGGGAUCGGCAAACAAUACAAUUUUCUGUCAACGCUUGGGUUUUUAUUGUGGCUGUGCUUGCCAUCUUUCCACUUGUUCCUAGAAGUCUUUCAAAUAGGGCUUAUAGGCUGUCAUUUAUGGGCACUGCUUGUUCCUCUUUAUACUCUUUGUAUGCACUAUAUGGGAGACCAAGGGCAUGGAAUUUGCAGGCUAUUCAAGUGUAUUUUCAGUCAAUAAUCGCAACCAAAGAUUUUAUCUACUUUAUCUACUGCCUUACAUUUAUCACGUCACAUCUUUGCCUUAAAUUUGCUUUGAUUCCCAUUUUAUGCCAAGCACUUGAACACAUUGCGAAGUUCUUAAGGUGUAAUUUCAAUCGUUCUACUUUGUACAGGAAGUAUUUGGAAGAUCCUUGUGUCUGGGUUGAAUCAAACACCACUACUCUGAGCAUACUCUCUUCACAUGCUGAGAUUGGACUUGGCUUCCUUCUAAUCAUUUCCUUGUUAUCGUGGCAACGCAAUAUCAUACAAACUUUCAUGUACUGGCAGCUACUGAAGCUUAUGUACCACGCUCCGGUCGCUGCUGGUUACCACCGAAGUGUUUGGGCGAAUAUCGGGAGGACUGUCAAUCCUCUUGUCCAGCGUUAUGCACCAUUUUUGAACACUCCGGUGUCUGCAAUUCAGCGAUGGUGGUUCAGAUAGAAGUCAAAAAUGGCUGAUACAGUGAUGAAGAUGAAGAAAAAAUGCAGUUUACUUUGCAUCUCCUUGAAGAAGUAAAACUGAUUUGUGAUAAAUGAAGUAGCCAUCUUGACUUUUGAUGGAUACAUUAUUCAGCUAAUUACAGCCUUCUCUCUCGUUCUUCACUUCUUUACCACCUUAUUA